UUAUUGUUUGCUGUAUUCAUCGGAGAACAUUCACAGAGUUGCUUUCAAAAAGGAGUCGGUGAAAGCAGGGGAAAAAACGGUUAGAGAUGCCGGUGAUGGAGAAGCUGAAAAUGUUCGUUGUGCAAGAGCCAGUUGUCGCUGCUUCUUGCGCCAUCGCUGGUUUUGGUCUCUUCCUACCUGCUGUUGUAAGGCCCAUUCUGGAUUCUUUGGAAUCGUCAAAGCAAGUCCCUCAGCCUGCUUUAAAAGAUGUGGUUGCAGGUGUGACUGGUAAAAAGCAGGGUUGAUUUGAUUUGUGGAUUGGAAAUUAGCAAAAAUAUUGAAUGUAGUUAGCAAUGUGAUCAGCAACAAAAUAAACCCGACUUUUUAAGUUGAACUCUUAAAGAUUGACUUGUGCCUUCAACCUCGUCUUUAGCACGAGGAUUUGAUUGUUGUUUUGUUUUGAUUUUCUACAGUUGAGGAUUGCUCAAAGCAUGGAUAAUUCAUGUCAGAGUUGAAUAUUGUUUCCCUGCAAUUAAUGUUCUUUCUUUGGUUGAUAUACUCCCUU